UAUAUAGUGUCUAUGGUCUUACCUAUGUGGUGCUUUAAUAUAAUACAUCCAUGGUGUGGUGUGAAGGAAUCUAUAAUAUUAUGGGCGACCUGUAGCUUACCCAGUAGAGUGUGUGCCCCAUGUACGCUGAGUCCUUAGCAGCGGCUGGGGGUUCGAGUCCGAUCCACGGCCCUUUGCUCUCCCUCCCUUCAUGUCUUCACAUUUGGAGAUGUGAUGCACAUGGUGACUUGAGCAACAGGAGCCCCUUUUGUUUUGUUGGCCAUAGAUCCAACUGCCUGAAAAAAAUCUGCAUGCAGAGGUUUUCCCGGAGCAGUGAAUGGGCGUGCAUGCCUGCAUUUGUGUGUGUGCAGGCUGGCCACAAUGAUCUGGGAUCUUGAUCCCUCCCAGAGAGAGAGAGAGAGGAGAGAGAGAGAGAGAGAGAGAGAGAGAGAGAGAGAGCAGUCACAUGCGGAGAGGAGCUGGGACGAGAGACAGAACAGAAGAGAGUUGUCAAGCUGCGAGGAGGCAGCGGAGGAGGAUGUGUUCGUUUGUGACAGCGGUCCUGCUAGCCCACCUCGGGGCUACCUUAACGGGGGCAUGGAGAGCAUCUCAGCCAAGACUGCAGUUCACACACUCCGAGCUGAUCCAGAAUGGCCGCCUGCUGACGCUGCCCCUGGUUGCUGGAGACCUGCACUCCCUGCAGCCUGACGAAGACAGGAGGCGUCUGUAUGUGGCCAUGAAAGAUAACCUGCUGUCUACCAGUCUGGACGACAUAACUCAGAACCCACGCAAGCUGUACUGGCCAGCUAGUCCAGACCGUGUCCAAGAAUGUCUCAUGGCUGGGAAGGAUCCAGAGUUGGAGUGUGCUAACUUCCUGCGAGUUCUGCAGCCUUUUAAUCAGACUCACCUGUACGUUUGUGGCACUGGAGCCUUCAACCCCCGAUGUGCUUUCAUAGCUACCAGCGUCUUCCAACAGUCGGAGCACCAGACUCUCUCCUACAGCCAGACAGAGUGUGGGAAAGGGAAAUGUCCCUACGAUCCGUUCCAGAAAACAGCCUCCGCUGUCGUUGACGGAGAGCUGUAUGCUGGGAUCACCUCAGACUUCAUGAGCCGGGACUCAGCCUUCUUCCGUAGUCUCGGCAGCCGUCAUGUUAUCCGCACUGAGCAGUACGACUCCACCUGGCUGCAGGAUGCCCAGUUUGUGCGGGUAGCGCCACUGUCUGAAACUGAUAACUCAGAGGACGAUAAGGUCUACGUGUUCUUCACUGAGCGAGCUCAGGAGGCAGAAGGGGCUGCUGGGAAGGUGCUCUACUCCAGAGUGGCACGCGUGUGCAAGAAUGACAUUGGAGGCCAGAGGAGUUUAGUCAAUAAGUGGAGUACCUUCCAGAAGGCUCGUAUGGUGUGUUCAGUCCCAGGACCAGACGGCCUACAGACACACUUCGACCAGCUGCAAGACAUCUUUAUCCUCCAGGCGAAAGACAAAAAGAACCCUCUCAUCUACGGCGUGUUUACCACCUCUAGCGAUAUCCUGAAUGGUUCAGCAGUGUGCGUUUACCGAAUGGAGGAUGUGGUUCGGGCUUUCAAGGGAAACUUCCUUCAUAAGGAGGGGCCUCAGUAUAAGUGGGCAGAGUUUACAGGCAAGGUGCCCUACCCGCGACCAGGAACUUGUCCCAGCAGCACAUAUGGAAGUUACAGCUCGACCAGAGAGUAUCCUGACGACGUCAUCUUUUUCAGCAGGACUCACCCGCUGCUGCAGGAAAACGUGCUGCCGCUGGGAGAGCGCCCCCUCCUGGUCAGAGUGGGUGUUCACUACAAGUUCAGCAAACUGCUGGUGGACAGAGUGGAGGCCGUGGACGGCACCUACGACGUCCUGUUUAUCGGCACAGACUCAGGCCUGGUGCUGAAGGCCAUCCAUCUGCCCAGAGAACACGGUCAGAGUCAGGAGGUCACUCUGGAGCAGCUGCAGGUCUUUCAGCACAAAUCACCUGUGACAGCCAUGACACUCUCAAAGAAAAAGCAGUGGUUGUUUGUGGGCUCCAGGGAGGGUGUGUCCCAGCUGGCCCUGUACCAGUGUGAGCUGUACGGCCAGGCCUGUGCUGAGUGCUGCCUGGCCAGGGACCCAUACUGCACCUGGGACGGACACGCCUGCAGCCCCUUCAUGCCCACCGUACGCAGAAGGAAUGCUCGUCACUUAGGGGAGGAUGAGGAUCCGCUAACUCAGUGUGUCAGACAGGGAGCCGGGCUGCAGGUGGAGGCGGAGCAGAGGAUGAUGAUGGUUGCCGAGGGCAACAGCACCUACCUGGAGUGUCUGCCACGAUCCAGACACGCUGCUGUUACCUGGUACAAACAGGCUGGAGAGAACAGUCCGGAACUAAACCAGUUGGCAACAGGUGACCAGCUGGUAGUGAUUGAGCGGGGCGUCCUGAUUCGUCAAGCUGAGCUGUCUCACGCCGGCGUCUACCACUGCCAGGUGGAAGAGCACGGCUACCACUGGACCGCCGUCACUGUCCGCCUCGCCGUCUGGAGCCCCUCAGCCAAUCGCCUCCUCGCUUCCUGGUCCACCUCGUCUUAUCAGAGCGCAGGGACCCAGCCGUGGUACGAGGACGUGAUGGCGCUGAUUCACCCUGGAAACCUCGGCCAGCAUUGCCGGGCGCUAGGUUACCGCCCCCCACGCAACCACCGUCGCCACAGUGACAUCCUGGUGAAGCCGAACAAGGAGAAAGAGAAGGGGGAGAGGCACAAGCACGGGGGAGGAAGAGGAGGAGGAGGAGGAGGUGGAGGUGGUGGGGGAGGAAGAGCAGCGGGGAGGAAGAGCAGGAGCAAGCCGCAGCAAAGGGCACCGAGGAGCGCUUGAAUGUGUCGCUGAACAGGAGGGCGGAUUUUCAGUGACAUAAACACACACACACACACACACACACACUUAUGAUAACAUCCACACUAAGACACACACAUGUACACACACUUAACUUAUACACUGAGACACACACAUACUGUAUGUACAGAGACUUUGAUAUGCGCAUGCACUUAUCUACAAAAAAAAAAAGGAAUCCUUUCAUUAUAGUGACAAACUUUCAAACUAAGCUACACACAAACAAACUGAAGUAUGUACAGGAGGACAAAAGACUUGUGAAUAAAAAGGAAAAAGUAGAACCUUAGGCUGCGUAGCAUGUUGAAUGAAGGAUGAACCGCACACCCAGAUCACUCAGUGUAACUGAGUCUGUGUUGUGACAAGGACAUGGCAGAGCAUGUUUUGGAUUUGGAGCCUCUACAGAGAAGAAAAAAUUCCAAUAGUAGAUAUUCAGCAUUUGAAAAAUCAUCCAACCCCUCUGAACUGAGUGCUGCUUUUAAGGACCAUACUGGUGGCUUGAUUAUAAAUCACAUACACACUGCCAAUUAUUCUCCAAAGCAGAUGUGUUUAGAUUGAUUUCGUACCUUCCAGGCAGAUGCUGGUUUUUAUUAAAUUCUGUAUGCUUUGAAAAGCAUCUCACAGAAACAUGAAAGACGCUUGAGAUUUCGAAUAUGUUUCUCAAAGUUAUGGUAUUGCAGUUGCAAGCAGCAUUUUCCAAACAAAAUGUUUAAAUGUUCUCUGUGAUGUAGGUGUUUUUUGGAAAACAAUAAGCAGUGAUAGUUAAUUAAAGGGUUUUGAGAAGGUAAUUAUUAACUGUAGGUUGUGAAUAUCAGUAAAUAGCACUGUAUUAUAGUAGCAAUGUAUUAUGCAUCUUUUCCCCCGAAAUGGAAAUAUACCAACAGUUCACUUUCAGGGAGAGUUCUACUGGUGUCUUCAGAUAGGUGGGGUCUUACUGCGAAAUGACUGACCGUGACCGCAAAGAUGAAAGGCAGAGAAAAGCAGGGCGACAGCUUUGAUGAGGUUACAGAUCAACUUUCCCAGGACGUAGAAGCUGUACACACACACACACACACACACACACACAAAACCAACACACACAUACACACACACACACACU